UCAGCCGCACACUUCCAUUUUUUCGGCCCAGACGGCUAAUCGUUCCAUGCAAUCGCCGUAAUUUUAAUGAAUGUACUCGGACUAACAAUUACGAUUAGUUUUCGCUGUGAGUUUAACAACGAUCAUAUAGCUGUCCAUUCCAUUUCCCAACGAAUUAUGUUUACAAGUUGAUUAGCUCGCUGCUUGUUUUAAGUACAGUAUUAUGCUAUCUGCAGUUAUUGUGAUUCGGUGAUAUUAAUAAAAUCAGGAUUAAUUAAAUCGGUGAUUAUUGUGCGGCCACCAUGGCGAUGAUUGGCUUCCUGACGGGAUUAAUUCUCAUCUUCGUUCUGUUUAUUUUUCUGCAGCAUUAUUUAUGUGACGCGAGUAAUCCAUGUGCGGCGGAGCAGUCAUGCGGGAAAUGCCUGCAAGCGGAUCCUCGCUGCGCCUGGUGUGCGGCCGAUCUGCAGAUGUAUAAUGCGUCGCUGCGGUGUAAUUUGCUGGAGAACAUGGAGACUUCCGGCUGUCCACCAGGUCAUGUCGUCUUUCCGCUCAACGAUCUGACCGUUACACAGGAUGAGGAACUGACGAAACGCGUGCAACUGGGACCGCAGAAAGUGCAAACCCAUUUACGUGUCGGCAGUUCGUCGGUGAUUUCGGUGAAGUUUCGGCAGGCCAAAGAUUAUCCCAUCGAUAUUUAUUUCCUCACUGACGCGUCCAACACGAUGGCCGGCUACAAGACGCACUUGUCAGACAUCGCUUCCACCAUUGCGGACUCGCUACUCGACGUGACGGAUGACUUCCGGUUGGGUUUCGGCACAUUCGUCGACAAGCCCACGUUGCCCUUCAUCCACACCGUGCGUAGCGAUCCGUCGCCCGCGUGCGCCGGUUGCGAUUUCGCCUACAGCUUCCGGCACCGGAUGAACCUGACCAGCGAAACCGGCCAGUUCCAGGAGCUGAUGCGGAAAACCAGAACGGCCGGUAAUUUCGACCAUCCGGAAGGCGGAUUUGACGGAUUGAUGCAGGCGAUUGCGUGCACGGAAUUAAUUGGAUGGAGGAACCAUUCGCGGCGCAUCAUCGUCUUCGCCACGGAUGCGGCGUUCCAUUACGCCGGCGACGGCAAGUUGGCAGGUAUCGUCGUUCCCAAUGACGGGAAAUGUCACAUGGCGUAUAACGAGCGGGAGAAGGUGUGGGACUACACGGAGGACCUGAAACAGGAUUAUCCGUCGGUGCAGGAAAUCAACCGCGCCGUCAAACGCAAGAACAUCCACGUCAUCUUCGCUGUGCCGGAUACCGUCCAGGACCUGUACAAACAGCUGAGCGGCGCCGUCAGCGGCUCGGUAGUCGGCCAGCUGAGCAGCCAGUCCGACAACAUUGUGGAGGUGGUCAAGAACCAGUACAACAAAAUCCGUUCGGCGGUGACCCUGACGCACGAUGCCCCGGAUUUUUUUAAAGUGUCCUUCCAAAGCCAGUGUCUCCAGGCGGAAGUCAGCAAUACAUCGUCCUGCGAGGGACUGAAAACGGGAUCCGAGGUGGCGUGGAAUGUGACUAUUGAGCUCCUGCGCUGCCCGGUCGACGGCCCCGUGAAAGGUCAGUUCCGUAUCUGGGCGCGCGGCCUGAGCGACGAAGUGGUGGUGCAGUACAGCGCCCUCUGUCAGUGCGACUGCGCCCUGCCGGAGAACCAGGCGCCGAGCAGUGCGGUGUGCAGCGGGCAUGGCGAUCUGGGCUGCGGCGUGUGUCAGUGUCAUGAAGGGUAUGAUGGGCAGCGCUGCCAGUGCCGGCUCAGCGACAAGUACACCUUCGACGACAAAUUCAAGGGAUGCGUCGUGCCUAAUGCGACCGUUCGGAGCAUCUGUUCGGGGCGGGGCCAGUGCGUGUGUGGCCAGUGUCAGUGCGACAUUCGCGAGAAUCCGGAAGAAAAAGUCUACGGCGAAUUCUGCCAGCACGAUAAUUUCAAUUGCGAAAAGGUCAACGGUCAGCUGUGCAGCGGUCACGGCAGUUGCGACAAAGGCGUCUGCUCCUGCGCCCCGGGCUGGACGGGGCCGUCUUGCGCCUGCACGACCUCCCUGGAGCCCUGCAAGACCAAAUCCGGGAAGGUAUGCAACGGGCACGGCGUGUGCAAGUGCGGGAAAUGCCACUGCAACCAGGAGGGCGAGCACCGCUACGGCGGCCCCAAGUGCCAGGAGUGCCCGUCCUGCCCAACCACGUGCCAGCGACUGGAGCGUUGCGUCGCCUGCUGGGACUUCCAGGCGGAGCAGCCGUUGGUUAACGGGUCGACGGCCUUCAAAGCCAACGUAAACCACAGCGAGAGCGGAUGUCCGGCGGAAUGCCUGGAGCACCGGGCCACCUUCGCCGAGGUCCUCGUUGUGGAUAUGCCGGGCGAGCGGGCCUGCUCGUACCGCGACACCAGCCAGGGAUUCUGCACGGUGCACUACACGCACUACGAGAGUGACGCGACGGGUGAGCUGAUCGUGGAGGUGCUAAAGCAGCGAGAGUGCCCGGUGGGCGUGAACCCCUACCUGAUCGUCGGCUCGCUGGUGGCCGGCAUCCUCUUCAUGGGGAUUAUGCUGCUGUGCGCCUGGAAGGUCGUCCUCGUCGUCUACGACCGCCAGCAGGUGGCCAAGUUCGAGAAGGAGACCGCCGAGGCCUGCUUCGAGGAUGUGUCGACCAUCCACCAGUCGGCCACGGUGACCUACCGCAACCCCGCCUACCGCCGCAGUCUGGCCGCCCGCCAAUCACGCAUAUCCAAGUUAUGAGCCAUGCCAUGUGCAGCUGUUCUGUGAUGUUGAACCCGGCAGCGUUUAAUGCGGCACUCAUGUCUGAACGAACCCAAAAGACCGUAAAUUUGUACUUUAUCCCGGAAGCCAAGCCGGCAAAUGCCGUCCAUCUCCCGCAAUAUUUUUACAUGUGUAAUAACGGUGCUAACCUCGUACCAGAUCAGCUGUCCUUUUCUAGUCCAAUUUUUUAUCGUGCUAUCCGUGUACACGAACCGCGAGGUUGCUGCAUUAUAAUUUUGCCGGUUUCAGGAUGCUCAGUCACCGAAAAGCGCAAAUUUAGUAUUCAAAACUUUAUCCAAAUGAGAAUGCCAGGCAAACGUUCUCACUCAUAGGAUGUUUUUGAUUUCCUGCUUUGUACAAUACAU